CGUAACCUCUUCGUUUGUGUAAAUUUCAUCAUAACGUGUUUCUUCCUCUUUUUCCAAAUUAACAACUCUUCGCUAAUCAUUCCCUUGUUCUACGAGAUCGUUGGAAGGUUCUAGCUAUGAACGUCACCAGUGUCACUUCAGAGGAUGGUGUUAAAGAAUUCGAAAAGAUUGUUGUGGAACCUGAAGAUAUCGAAUAUGUUGAGAUUCCGGCCGAUGCCAAAAACGUUGACUUGACGCGUCACCGUAUCAAAGAAAUCGGUGAUUAUUCGUGGCUCACUCACGUCGAACACUUCUCGUUUCGUUGGAAUCUGAUCAAAAAGAUUGAAAAUCUGGAUUGUUUGACAACGUUGACUCAUCUCGAGUUUUACGAUAAUCAAAUUACAAAAGUUGAAAACUUGGAUAGCCUCGUCAAUUUGGAGUCACUCGACCUGUCAUUCAAUCGUAUCACCAAAAUUGAAAAUUUGGAGAAGUUGACAAAACUGAAGACUCUCUUUUUUGUUCAUAACAAAAUCACUAAAAUCGAGGGUUUGGAUACGUUGACUGAGCUGGAAUAUCUCGAAUUGGGUGACAAUAGAAUUGCGAAAAUCGAGAAUCUCGACAACAAUCUGAAACUCGAUAGAUUGUUCCUUGGCGCUAAUCAGAUUCGUCUUAUUGAAAAUGUUGAUCAUUUGAAGAAGCUCACAGUUCUCAGUCUUCCAGCCAAUGCGAUUACUGUAGUUGAUAACAUUUCGGGACUUCACAACUUGAAAGAGAUUUAUCUGGCUCAAAAUGGCAUCAAGUACGUUUGUGGAAUCGAUGAGCAUCUUCCUCUUGAAAUUCUGGAUUUCAAUCAGAAUCGUCUUGAGAAGGUCGAGAAUAUCCAUCAAUUGAAGACACUUACAGACUUUUGGGCAAGAGGAAAUAAGUUGGAUAACUGGAGCAUUAUGGAUGAAUUGGUUGAACUUCCACAACUCAAUAGUGUUUACCUCGAUUUCAAUCCAAUUGCAUCAGUGGAUACUUAUCGUGGAAAGGUUAUUCAUCUCUUGCAACAAAUUACUCGUCUUGAUGGAACUCAGUGCCGUGAGCAUUCGAUGCUCCGUCCACCAAAAGAAGAGAAGAAUGAGACAGAGCUUUCGCGUGUUGUACUUGAUAAUCCGUCUGAUGAUCAUCCCACUGAGUCCGUCUAAUACUUGAACUUUAGCAUUUAUUCAACUAGAUGAAGAUUUCUUGAUUAUU